CUUAAAUAAUUUGCCAACGUUCACUUCCCUUCCUAAAAUUCACCCCUUCGUCAUCUUAGCUUCGGUUCCGAGCCACAGAAAAACUCGACCGUUGCCUCCAAACCUAAUUUAAAAUCUCACCAACUCCUACAACUGCUCUAAAGUAGAUAGAAUUCAAGAAACCACCCCCCACACAGUCCCAAUUAUCUUUCGUUCCAUUUCUCCGAAGAAGAACAAAAAUGGUGUCCAAAAUCAUCAAAAGAACUCCAACAAAGUCCAUCAAGAACCGUAGAAAUCUCCCUAACCAUCUUCGCCGUAGCCGGAAGAAAUCCCCAGCUAAAAAUCCAGCCUCUGUAGUUGUUGCUUCCAUUAACAAAUCUCUAUACACUUGUCAUCGCCGUCUUAUUAAACUUUUUUCAAAAUUUACCCGCAUUGCUACUCCUAAGAAAACCCCAAGAAAACAAGGGUAUCAGCUUCUUGGUAAAGUAUUUGAUGAGCCUGCAAAUGGGAACAGUUUAAGGCGAUCGCUUUUUGAUGACGGAAAUGCCCUUCCCCCAUUGGUUUCACCUGAGAAAAAGACUAUUUUUCUUGAUUUGGAUGAGACUUUAGUGCAUUCUAACCCAAACCCGCCUCCAGAAAAGUAUGAUUUUGUUGUUAGGCCGGUGAUUGAUGGACAUAGAGUAGAGUUUUAUGUGUUGAAGAGACCAUUUUUGGAUGAAUUGUUGGAGUUUUUGAGUGAGAAGUUUGAGGUUGUUGUGUUUACUGCUGGGCUUAAGGAGUAUGCUUCUCUUGUGCUUGAUAGAAUAGAUAGAAAAGGUUUGAUUUCGCAUCGAUUGUAUAGGGAUUCUUGCAAGGAAGUUGAUGGGAAGUUUGUGAAGGACUUGUCUGACACUGGGAGAGAUAUGAAGAGGGUGGUGAUAGUUGAUGAUAACCCGAACUCUUACCUUUUUCAACCGGAAAAUGCUAUCCAGAUUAGGCCAUUUACUGAUGAUCUUGGUGAUGGGGAGCUCAAGAAGCUCAUUGAGUUCCUAAGUGGAUGUGUUGAAUUUGAAGAUAUGAGAGAUGCUGUGAAGGUUUAUCUUGCUGCAGAAGAAGAAGGAUACACAUCAGUGGAAAUUUAAAUAUUUUCUUUCUUUUUAUGCUUAGUUUAUUUCUGCAUUUGCUUGGCUGCUUUUCUGGAGGAUUAAUGCAAUAGUUUGAACACUUUUUGUGUUCAAUUGGAAAUGAGAUAUGAAACUGGGAACCGUAUACAACUCUGAAAAGUUUAGUGCAAAACUGUCCUCUUUUGUUCUCCUCAUCAGAGGAUUCUGCAAAAUUCCAAACAUAGUAGAAGGAUUCUAGAAUGGUAAAGUUGUUGUUCUCCCAUUGAGACGAGUCACUUGUUGAAUUCAAAAGCUUCCAAUCUUAGUAAUUAAGUCUUUAGAAAUUGAUUCUA